AUGUCUUUGACGACUACCAACACCCCGGCCACGGUCGAGACCCCCUUCACCACCGGCGCGCUCUCUAGCGAUGCGGACUUCUGGGCUAAGUAUAUCGCGUCUCGCCCGACACCCUCGGAGGAGUUUUUCCGCGUGAUCCAGGACUACCACAGCUCGCACGGUGACAGCACGACGGCGCUCGCGCAUGAUGUCGGUACCGGGCCUGGCAACAUCGCCGAGCGGCUGCUGCGUUACUAUGAUCACGUCGUGGGGUCUGACGUGAACAAGCGGGCGCUGGUUGCCGCGCCAUCAUUAAUCCCACAAGAUAAGGUCCAACGGAUGACAUUUGUUCACUCACCGGCCGAGAAUUUGCUGGCCGGCGGCGUGGUACCUGCAGACGUGGGCGCAGGCAAGACCGAUCUUGUUGUUGUGAGUGAGUGUAUGCCGCUGUUGGAUGCCCCGAAAGCGCUGGAUGCAUUCCACGGAUUGCUGCGCGUCGGUGGCACGCUUGCUAUUUACUUCUACGGCCGGCCCAUCUUUACCAGCGGGCAGGAUCCAGCCCAUCUGGAUAGCUUGUACGACCGCAUCGCCACGAAAAUCUGCUCGUUUCUUCUUCCCUUUAAGGGCACGCCGGGCUUCCCCUUCCACAAGCGCGGCGCCGAGGCCCUAGUAAGCUGCUUGGACAACAUCCCCCUUCCGUCCGGUGCGUGGGCAGAUGUUGUGCGGUACAAGUGGAAUACAAAUGUGACAUUGCUCUUUAAUAGCAAGGCCGGUUUUGACUUUGACUUUGAGCCAGUCGAUCGCCGCGAGGACGGAGAGGUCACCAAGGAGAUCCGUGACCGCACGUGGUGGCAAGACGAGUGGGAUGCGGAUCGUGUAAAGUCCUAUCUCGACUCUGUGUAUCCGAGCUACAUUGAGAAAGCAGGUGACAGAUAUGUCGAGAUUGAGCAAGGAAUUGAAGAGCUGAGAGAGGCAAUGGGAGGCGGCAAGGUCAAAGUUUCCUUUCCGGUGGCCCUGAUUUUGGCGACGAAGAAAUGA